AUGCUGAAUAGUUUAUUUAUUGUCAAUACUUCAGGAGACAUAAUUCUCGAGAAACAUUGGAAGUCUGUUAUUCACCGAUCGAUUUGCGAUUAUUUUUUUGAAGCCCAGAAAAAGGCUGCUUAUCCUGAAGAUGUACCACCUGUUAUAUCAACACCUCAUCACUACCUCAUCAGUACUUACCAUAAUCAUCUCUAUUUGCUUGCCGUCACAGUAUCAGAAACUCCUCCUCUGAUGGUUAUCGAAUUUUUACAUCGAGUAAUUACCACUUUCACUGAAUACUUCGAUGAAUUUACUGAUAAUGCAAUCAAAGAAAACUGUGUCAUGCUUUUUGAAUUGCUCGAUGAAAUGCUCGAUAAUGGUUUUCCCUUAGCUACGGAACUAAAUGUUUUACAAGAACUUAUAAAACCACCAAAUUUUCUACGAAAAAUUACCAAUCAGGUAACAGGUCGAACAAAUGUUUCCGAAGUGUUACCAACUGGGCAACUUUCAAAUAUACCGUGGAGGCGGGUAGGUGUAAAAUAUACAAAUAAUGAAGCUUAUUUUGAUGUCAUCGAAGAAAUUGAUGCGAUUAUCGAUCGACAGGGUGCUACUGUUUUCUCAGAGAUUCAAGGAUAUAUAGACUGCUGCUGUAAACUCUCUGGUAUGCCGGAUCUAGCAAUGACAUUGAUGAAUCCGCGAUUGCUAGAUGAUGUUUCCUUUCAUCCUUGCGUGCGCUUUAAAAGAUGGGAGAAUGAGCGGGUUUUGUCAUUUGUGCCACCUGAUGGAAAUUUCCGUUUACUCUCCUACCAUAUCGGCUCACAGAAUAUGGUUGCAAUACCGGUAUAUGUACGUCACAACAUAACAUUGAAGCCAGGUACCUCCAGUCGACUUGAAUUAACCAUUGGUCCAAAGCAAAGUAUGGGCAAAGUGUUGGAAGAUGUUGUAAUAGAGAUGGCAAUGCCAAAAGCAGUUCAAAAUUGUAUGCUAACGCCGAGUACGGGGAAAUGCUCCUUUGAUCCAACUACGAAAUUACUUCAGUGGAACAUUGGAAAGAUUGAAUUGGGCAAACCUCCGACAUUAAAAGGAAACGUUUCUGUUAGUGGCACAACAAAUCUUGAAACGCCACCAAUCACUGUGUAUUUCAAGAUCAACCAAUUAGCUGUAUCGGGAUUGAAAGUAAAUCGUUUGGAUAUGUACGGUGAGAAAUACAAACCAUUCAAAGGUGUGAAAUAUAUCACCAAAGCUGGGAAGUUUCAAGUUCGAACAUAA